AUGACUACCAUUACCUCUUCGAGCCCUUCUCCUUCGCCAGUCGAUGUUUCUGACAAUGGCCCUCGCGCGCAACGUUCGAAACAGCCAUUGACGCUCUACUCGAUGGUCAUGACGCCAGUCAACCUGGUCGUAUUCCUGCUAUCGCUAGCCCUAGUAGACCUGCGAUACACGCUUGCUCGCACCAGUAACAACCGUGGCGGUGCUGGUGACGCUGCCAGUGGGCUUUUGCCUCGGUGGCUGCUUCGAUGGCUCCCGGCAUUGCUGACCCAACGGCUUGACCGGCUUGUUUCGUCGCUUCGCGGCCAGCCCUACCGAGAUUCCCGGGAUGCCUCCGGGCGUUGGUACUACCACAGCAAGCAGAAGAAGCUGAUCAAGAUGGAGGCUGACGAGGCCUUUCGGCUCCGUGGUAUUGUCAUGACAGUGCUCGCCGUCCUUGCAGUAGCCGUCACGAUGGUGUUCUACUACGUGGCCAGCCGCGCGUAUCACGCUCUCGUCAUUCUGAAUCCCGCCCUCAGUUAG